CCCAUGACAGUUGUUCUGAAAGCUCUAAAAGUGAGCUCUAACUCUCUGGUGACCCCAGCUCUUCUGCCACCAUGAACAGGGCCCCCCUGAAGCGGUCCCGGAUCCUGCACAUGGCGCUGAUGGGGACAGCUGACCCCUCCCGGGAGGCCAGCGAAGAGGCCAGGCCCUUCGUGCUGCGGGCCUUGCAGAUCGCGCUGGUGGUCUGCCUCUACUGGGUCACCUCCAUCUCCAUGGUGUUCCUGAACAAAUACCUGCUGGACAGCCCCUCCCUGCAGCUGGACACCCCCAUCUUUGUCACCUUCUACCAGUGCCUGGUGACCACCCUGCUAUGCAAGGGCCUUAGCACCCUGGCCAUCUGCUGCCCGGGGGCCGUGGAGUUCCCCGCCCUGGACCUGGACCUCGGGGUGGCCCGGAGCGUGCUGCCCCUGUCGGUAGUCUUCAUCGGCAUGAUCACCUUCAACAACCUCUGCCUCAAGUACGUGGGAGUGGCCUUCUACAACGUGGGCCGCUCGCUGACCACGGUCUUCAACGUGCUGCUCUCCUACCUGCUGCUCAGGCAGACCACCUCCUUCUACGCCCUGCUCAGCUGUGGUGUCAUCAUCGGAGGCUUCUGGCUCGGUGUGGACCAGGAGGGGGCAGAGGGCACCCUGUCCUGGGUGGGCACCCUCUUCGGCGUGCUGGCCAGCCUCUGCGUCUCGCUCAACGCCAUCUACACCAAGAAGGUACUGCCAGCCGUGGACGGCAGCAUCUGGCGCCUGACCUUCUACAACAAUGUCAACGCCUGUGUCCUCUUCCUGCCGCUGCUCCUGCUACUGGGCGAGCUCCAUGCCCUGAGCAACUUCCCGCUACUGGCCAGUGCCCACUUCUGGGCCAUGAUGACUCUGGGAGGCCUGUUUGGCUUUGCCAUUGGCUACGUGACAGGGCUGCAGAUCAAGUUCACCAGCCCCCUGACACACAAUGUGUCGGGCACGGCCAAGGCGUGCGCCCAGACAGUGCUGGCCGUGCUCCAGUUCGAGGAGACCAAGAGCUUCCUCUGGUGGGGAAGCAACUUGUUGGUGCUGGGCGGUUCCUUUGCCUACACCUGGGUCCGGGGCUGGGAGAUGAAGCGGACUCCUCAGGAGCCCAGCCCCAAAGAUGAAGAGAAAGGCAGCCUAGGCGUCUGAGCUUCUCACCCUGCCCAGGAGGCACCCCAGGAGGCCCCUGCCAUGCAGGGAAUAUGGUUGGGGAAUUGCCCUGGAGAGGGCAGCCCACAGACGGCCACAGGGGGUCACUGUGGGUCGUGUUUACCCAUCAGUACCUGGGGGUUGAAAUGCAACCCCAAGUUUUUCAGAGUGGCCAAGCCUGUCUUCACCCCCUUCCCUCAUCCUGGGACUUUUAUUUUUUCC